AAAGCAACGAACCAACUUCCGCUUUGCAAUCUUCAACAACACAACACAACACAACGAACUGAACUCGGCGUCCUUCUUUCCCACUUUCCACCUUCCCUUGACCUCUCCACUUUUGCAACAACAAAGUCGUCACCAUCCUGGAUUGAUUUUGUUUGCAAGGUACCGUACCGUACCUUAGCUACUACCAUAGGUAGUGCAUUUUGACACUGCGCGCAGCUUGGGGGAACCAAGUGGAUGAAUUACUACCGACCUUCGUUUUCGUCGUCACCAAUUAUUCCGUCCUCCGAUCCCCCUCCCAGCGCGACACCCGAGUCAAUCCGCGCUAAAUCAUAUCCUCAAUCGACGACGAACAUCUUCAUGAUACUGCCUGGCCUAACUUAUCUCUACAUACGUCCGUCGGAUCCCAGGCCGCCGAGCAGUGCUUGACCAUCACUACUAGUCCCACUACCUUUCAUAUCAUUCACGGCAUUGAAUGACCCGACGAACAGGACGAGAAUCCCCGCCGACGACACCGACGUCAAACUCGACGACUGCCUAAUUAUACAUACCCGAUUGAUCGACCUGUGAUCCUCGAGGCGCUCGAGAAAGCCGUGGGAAUGAGAGGUGUCGGUAUGGACGCCCUAUACCCCAGAGAUGUUAACGCCCCGGCGAGACCGAGAGCCCAUGAGCUAAAGUCCAAGGCAGCUGCUGGGCUCAAGGCUUCCAAGGACAAAGACCACCCGCCGCCCCCGCCGAACCAUGUCAACGAACCCCCCAGCUCCGACCGCAAAGAGGGCGCCAUCUACCAGGUCGGCAAGCCCCUGGGAAAGGGCGGCUUCGCUAUCUGCUACGACGGCAAGCUGAUCGGAAGCUCCAAGCGAUAUGCCCUCAAGAUCGUCAAGGCCCAGAUGGCCUCCAAGAUGGAGCAGAAAUUCCAGACCGAGCUCCAGAUUCACUCCAAAAUGCGACAUGUGAACAUUGUCCAGUUCCACCGCGCCUUUACCUUUGAAAACUGCACCUAUCUGGUUCUCGAACUGUGCUCCAAUGGCUCCCUCAUGGACAUGGUCAAGCGCCGCAAGGGCUUGACAGAACCCGAGGUGCGCUUCUACACCGUCCAGAUUGCCGGCGCCAUCAAGUACAUGCACGCCAAGGGCAUCAUUCACCGCGAUCUCAAAAUGGGCAACAUCUUCCUCGACAAGUACAUGAACGCCAAGAUUGGAGACUUUGGCCUGGCUGCCUUGCUCCUCACAGGAAAGGAUAUGCAGAUUAUGAGGAGGACGACCCUAUGCGGAACACCCAACUAUAUUGCGCCCGAGAUUCUCGAAAAGGGAAAGAAGGGCCAUGAUCACAUGGUGGAUAUCUGGAGUCUGGGUAUCAUUGUCUACGCUAUGCUCACCUCGAAACCACCUUUCCAGUCUUCAACCACCGACGAAAUCUACCGCCGCGCCAGAGAACGUGAUUACGAGUGGCCAUCGCCCGAUGCCACACAAAAGUACUACAGCUUGGAGGCCAAGGAUCUUGUCGCAAGCAUGCUGCAAGACGCAGAUAUGAGACCGGAUCCUGACACCAUCGUCUCUCAUCCCUUCUUUACCUCUGGCUACAUGCCCGUUCCUUCCGACAUUUCGUCCAGGCUCCGGGAUUCCCCACCACAGAACCCUGCCUUCUACGAUCCUCUGUCCGGUCCCCAGGCGGAAGCAGACAACCUCCGCAAUGUGCAAGAGAUGUGCAAGGAGUGUAGUGUGGGUCCAUGGUGCACACAGCAGUUUGUCUUCAAGAACAUUUGGCGAGAGAUGGCAGAGGAGGAGGCAAACGGCCUUACCCCUGUUAUUCCACUCGCCGAGGGUAUCGUUUACAGGCCCUACGACGAGAUCAAGACCGAGGCAAGACGUCGGGCCCGUCUAUUACAGCAGCAGCAAGCCGAACAGCAAGCCUCCAAGCUGACAUUGUCACAACAACCCCAGAAGCGCGUCCCGUUGGCGGACAUCGGCGGAAGCAGGAUGGAGGGAGUAAUACAUUCACAACCUCAAAAGCCGGUUGUGGAUGACCUGAGCAACAGUCUCGCCCAGGCGAGCAUCGCUAACAGGGGCACCACAGGACUUCUCCGUGUCCCACCCCAGAGUUUUGCGGCUCAACAAAGGGCCCAAGGCCGGCCUCUCGCUACAGUCAGCAGCUUAGGUCGGUCGCAGACGGUUCCAGAGCCGGCGCUCAGAAGUGCUAGCUCUACUUCGUUACGCACCCGGUCUAGCAGGCGGGAAGUGCCCGAGACUGCUCCUGAUGCACUAGGAUCCCAGCCGAUUCGACCCACAACCCGUAGCACUCGCAGCUACCCAACUACCAGAAGCCAGGCUGCGGUGUUGCCAACUGAGGAGCCCGCUCCUAUCCAGAGGAGUGUACCCAUCUCAACAACGCAAAAGCCUCAGGAGGACAAGCUAAGCCUUUUUAGUCCUGCCGAAUAUCAAGAGGCAGUACCAGGGACGCAGCCUGACAUUGUCCUUGAGAGGCUUCGCAGACUGCAGGCAGAACUGGAACGGGCACUGAACGCCCGCUCAAUGGCACUUGUGUCGUCCAGGGACAAGACCCCAUCACCUCCCCACAUCGUAGUCAAGUGGGUUGAUUACACCAACAAGUUUGGUUUGGGCUACAUCUUGAAUGAUGGCAGUGUCGGCUGCAUUCUCCGUAGCAUCCCAACUCAGGAGGGUAGCCGGAGUGGUUUGCUACCACCUGCUUGCGUGCUUGUUCAUGGUGCUGAACGUCAUUGCCAGCGCAGAGACGACCCUAGAUAUCCAGACAGGCACCAAAUCCUGCCCCAAAAUGAGGGCGUAUACUUUUACGAAAACAACGGCGAGGACGGCAUCAACCGUGUUCGUGUCUCGCCCCAAAACUUCCAUAUCCCAGUCAACCCCGAUGGUACUACGGGUAAGCUUACGGCGGGCAAGGAUAUUUACGAUCAUCGAAAGAGGGAGCGCAUUGUGUUGUGGAAGAAGUUUGCCAAUUACAUGAUUCAGUAUGGCCGAGAGUCGGACAAUCAGGAUGAUGCGCCAAUUCGGAUGCCGACCAUCACGGACCCGACUGUUGCGCCGAGUGAUGUCGUGACGUUUUACCAGAGGUUCGGUGACGUUGGGUGCUGGAUGUUUUGCGAUGGUCAUUUCCAGUUCAACUUCCCCGACCACACCAAAAUCGUACUCGACUCAACCGGCACCUUCUGCCACUUCUGGCACCUCCCCGAGUCCGCCGCCACCCACCUCUCCAUAACCGGCUCCCUCUCCGAAUCCGCCCUCGACGAGCGUUCCGUCCUCUCCUACCCCUUACAAACCCUCCUCAACUUUUCGUCCCCUUCCCGCUCUACCAUCACCAGCACCUCCACCUCCCGCCGUCGCCCCGAAAUCCCCGCUGCAUUGCAGAACAUUCCCUCCGCCAACCAGUUCCGCGAGAAGAUCACGUUCAUCCGUGACGUAAUCAAGGAGUGGUCCGCCAACGGAGGACUAGGAAACAGUGACAUGUCACGCGAGAAGAGAAUCAGGUGGACAGGCUGCAGAGAGACGAGGAACGCCACGGGCCCGAUGAAGCAUGUCUGGGUGACGAUUGGAGCAAGGUGGGGUGAUUCGAGACUCAGUGCGUAUGUGGAUCCGAGAAGGCCCGAAGAGUUGGGGGAGGAGGUUGAUGAGAAUGCGAAGAAGAGGUGAACCCCCCUCCCAUCAUAACGAUUGUAGGAGGUGGUGAUGAAAUGAUGAGGACGGUACGGAUGACUUAUCUGUUUAAAAGGGACCGGGAGGAAAACAGAAAACAGGAGAUGGCAGUAUACCCACUACGACGCAACGUACGUACGUACGUAUGAAUUCACGCAUGCAUCUCGACUUUUUUUUUCAUGGGGGGCGUAUUUUUACUACUUUUUAUAAAGGGGGGGGGCGGCGUUGUCUUUUUUCCCUUCUUCUUCUUUUCCUACUGUUUUCUAGUUCUAGGUACGGACGGAGGAGGUUUCAAUUGUCGGAGUAACUUGUACUGGACUACUUACUGGUUCUGGUUGGUGGUAUGGAAGUGGCAUCCAUCACGUCUAUAAGGAAAGUCAGCGUGGGGUGGGGCCUUUGAUUGGAGCCUGUCUGGAAUGUUUCAAGUGUUUGUAGAAAAGGUACAAUGUACAUAUUAUGUUUUGAGCAACUCUUUCUACCCGUUGUGGUCUUUCUUUUCUUUUGGGUCAUGAGAAGUAGGUUAUGAGCAAUGCAAGGGUAUGUAUGCCUGACUUAUCGUAGUCAAUGUCAAGUGAACGC